GGACAGAGGAGUUAGUGUCGAUAAUUGCGACGAUGCGUAGACUGAAAAAGUUUUUUUCGACGAAAUUAAUGUUGCCAAUUCAAGCGACUGAUUCUCGCAGGGACCGAAGAUCCUCUCGUUUUUUUAGGGACGACAGCACUACACGGCAACUUUUCCAUCAUACGCUCACUCAGCAACCUGAGCCGUAGUUUAGAGAAUUCAACAUCACUUGGUACCUUAGUUGUAGCCUGCUGAAACGCGGAUGAUGCCAGUGUCGUAAGUACGGAGAAAGCUUCCAAUGUCGCCACGCAGCACUCGUAAAGAUUUCGCAUGAAGGUUAUCCAUGACAAGAAUUUUUGCGCACAUGAACAACUGUAGCUGGUGGCGUGUGUUGUAGCAGGAAAAGCGCCUCCUAUCCAGGCGAAGAAUUUUUCAAGAAAUGUCGUGAGAAUUUUUUUGGAUGCGAAAGGUUGAUCGCGCACGACGCAUGUCGAUUCGGCCCACAGUGGCAUUAUUGAAAUUUUAAAAAUCAAUCUUGCAAGUACGCCUAAGUGAGCCAAAGUCCAUCAUGGUUCGCGAACAGCAGUACACCGGCAAAGUUGCGGCAGCCGACGACAUGGGACCGGUGCCGACUUUGCAUCUGCCGCUCCUGGAGGGGUGUCAAAACGACGACAGCCACGCCAAGACCGUUUCGACGACGACUUCGGAGCUCGAAGACGACCAGAAUUCCUCAAAGUUGAACAGUAAGGAGAGCGGAGCGGUCGGCGCUGCACCCGGCACCACGAGCAGCUCCUCCUCCGCCCCGAAGCGGGAAAAGGUGAUCGAUGACUCGCACAUUUCUAUUGACCGGCGGGAACCGGACCCCUGGCAGAUCGUGGCCUUGAAGGUGAUCUUCAUUCUUCCAUGGCGGUUUCUGGGCGUCUGUCUGUCCUUCCCGGUCCUGUUCCUCUUCUACUUUUGUGCGUGCGGGGAGUGGUACCUGUGGCGCAAGUUGUUCGGCAAAAUCCGGCCCGUGCGGGAGUCGGUGCUGGGCAGCGCUGGGUGGCGCGUUUUUCUCUUUCUGAACGGCAUCGUCGCGCGCGUGGAGUUCGAGAACAGCAACGAAAACUACAACAACCUCCGCGACGCGCCCUUCACCGUCGCGAACCACGUCGGCUACCUCGACGGUGCGGUCUUGCCGACCUGUCUGCACCGCCCGCGUCCGGUGUUCAUCAGCUGGGUUUUGGACGUGUUCAUCAUCGGGAAAAUGGCGCGAGACCUGAACGGCAUCCCCGUGGACCUGCGCAAUUCCGCUUCCCGCCAGCAGUCGAUGGAGCGCAUCCAGCAGCACGCGAACGAAUGGGCGAAGUACGACGAGUUCAAAAACGACAGUAGUUCCUCGGAGAACUACCACGCCAAUCCCCGCGACGACCCGAAGUAUCACAAGGCGCAGUCCUGUCUCAUCUUCCCGGAGGGCGGGUGCUGCAACGGGGACAGGUUAGGCACGUUCAAGAAAGGCGCCUUUCUCUCGAAGCGAGAGGUCCGCCCGGUCAUCGUGCACUGGACCUGCGUGUCACGGUGGAACACGGCGUUCACCGACUUCUACAUCGAGAAGGACCAAGACACGGCGGAGCAGAAGCAAAUCGUCGAAAAGUUUUGCGACGCGGACGAGAUUCUUCAGGAGGUGCUCGACGCCAACAGCAGCAACGUAGAAGUGAUCGUGGACAAGAAGAACAAGCAAGCGAAAAGCGACAAGACCUCGGUCGCGGAUGACCAAGAGCCCCGACUGCGGUUUGUUUCCUCCAGCACAGCCGCGUCCUCGAGACCGUCCACGGCCCAGCUGCUGCAGCCGGAGUCCUUCCUUGUCAGACAGAACAACAUCCCCAUGAAAAAGUACAGCUUCGCCCGCUGGUUUCUCCGGUACCUGUGCGAGCCGUAUUUCCUCGUGCGGUUGAAGUUAUCCUGUGCAAAAGUAUCGUACUCGUACUAAUUGCAGAUAUGCAUGACAAAUCGAACUUUCUACCUGAAAUAGCAUGACAAGUUGCAUUUUUGUUCUUGGGAAAAUUUGUAAUGCAAUUUAUACUAGUACGAUGCUUUUGCAUUGCAUAGAAGUGUUUACCGAUUUACUUCCCCAACGAACAGGAGAAAGAAGACGCAGAAGUCUACGUAUCCUGAAUAAAAACGUACCCACACCAUAGUUGUCAUGCAACUCUGCAUGCUUAAAAUGUUUCUCAUGCGGAGCCCCCUGAGAAGCAUUUUCUAAUGCGGUUUUGAAAUUUGUCAUGCUCCAAUCAGCACGAGAUACUAGAUCUGUAAUGCUUCUAAACUAGCUCAAACAGCACUACACUACGCGGACAAACUUGUCAUGCCAAACAACCAAAGCUGGCUGAUUUGUCUAGCAGAUUCCCCAUCCUGACUCUGGUGUGGGUACGUUUUUACUCACGAUACUACGCGGCAAACAUUCAGCGACUGAUGCAGCGGGAGUACCAGCAUCUGCGAAAGCAACAAUUGUGAUAAAACUGCGAGUCAGCGUCAGGAGGAGAGUAAUUGACCAGGUUUCCUGAGUCUGUGCGUUGUGUGUUGGUCGUGCUUGCAAGCAGCUUGCUUAGUGGUCUUUUUCAUUUAUUCGCGUCACUAAUGAGGCGUGCGCGCAGCUCCUUUCUUUUUACAGAGCACACGCAGCAGACUACUUAUGAUAAUAUACCAGUGUUUGCGUAGCAGAGCUUCCACUUCCAGUCGAUUCAACUUCUCUGUUGUGUUUGAUGCCAGAAGGUCGAGCGCACAGCACAUUCGUUAACGAACAGAGUUCUAUGCGCCGAUGUUGCUGGCUUUGCACAGAAUUGCGACAACAGCAGAACAGAGGGAUUUGUUACGGGGCGGGCGAGUAAGAACCGCUAGCGCUUGAGGCAAGAAAUUCUUCUUUAGAGAACGCUGAGGAAGGAAAUCUUGCACCCGCCGAAGAUACUUUACGUAGAUAUGGGGAUAAGUCUUUCUCACAUUGUACCUGUAAAAAAAUGUCCAGCGACACACCGAACUUGAAACAAUGGAAAAUCGUCAA